AAAAUCGAUGUCGCAUUUCUUAUCUCGAGUCCACAUGAUAAACAUGUGUUUCGUGACUAAUUCAAGCUCUAUUUGAUCGAUACGUAAUUGCGUAUGCCACUAGUUUCGUAGAUUCAAAUUACCCUGUCUGCUAGCUAUGCUUUUUAGAUUAAUUAAAAAUGCCUUACGCUUCACAGCACUCGCGAAAACCAUUUCGAAGGCUGAAAUGGCGCUGUUUUCGAGUAAUCUAGAUGUACCGUCCAGUUCACUAAAAAUUAUCUUGCAUUAUAGAAGGUAACUGGUUUUCAAAAAUUUAAACGCGUAGAGGUCUGUUGUAUAAAUCCCAACCGACUUGUUCUGCAGCAAUUUGGUUCGGUUGCAGAUAGGGAAAGGAGUGUAUUUAUCUUAAAAAACUUGCUUGUUAAUCUCUGUCUCGUAGUCAUUGUGACUACCCGAUUGCUCUUCACAAAAUCUUUUUUUCCAGUCUCAUUUACGAAUACCAGCGUGACAACAUACUUGGGUCAAAAUAUAUUGCGUGACAGUCAAAUAUAACUAUUUACCAUGGGCGUCCAUCGGUAAACCGUAGACACUGUCGAGUUGUCCUAAGACACGGAGGCCCUUUGAAAGACCUCGGCCUCCGAUGGAUAAUCAAGUUUAAAAACUGUACUUAUCGACCAAAGGCGAAGAUCUAGUUUAAAGCUUACUUUACGUUAAUCGUAUUGAUGCAAUUCGUACAGUUCAUUCGAAGCAGCUUUCUUCACUCGAGUACUUUGUUAACAAGGACCGAUAAAGGCACUUGCGAUCUUGAGGGCGAGAAUAUUCUUUUCACAGGUCAUCAGGUGGCGCAGAUAUUGAACUGGCUUUGUGAGAGGGCGAUUAAGAAUGCUAAACUUUGAAUUUUUCUGCGGAGACUGCUGAUACGAAGCAGUGAACUGAAACAAAAAUUUUAUUACACUUAUUUUACCUCUGUUUUCUACACCGUGAGAGUGAAAGGAAUUCCAACAAAUCGGAAACCACACUGUUUUCUACUGAAGCAGGUUACAGCUAUUAGAUUGACAUUCCGCUAUUCGGGGAUUCCCCGUUUAAGCCAAGAUACAAAAAUUUGCAUUUAACAGUUGAAAGACAAAAAUCGAUGGCCAGCACCUUGCCACUAGAGAAAUAGUUCUAGCGAUAAAAAUAGUGAGAAAAGUUUCUUCAUACUUUUGAAAAUAGUAAAUAAGCGAAAUUUGAACCGCGCAAGGCCGAAGCAGUAACCAUCUUUCGAUGAAGUGAAACUCAAUACUGAUGAUUAUAUUAGCUUUUUGAUUUGAAAAUUAUGCAAAAAUUUCAUUUUGUAAAUUUGGUAAAUGCUGUUUUAUUAACAUGAAUUUACUGCCUCUUUCACUAAAGGAAUACCGUUAGAAAUGCUGUCGAACUGAUGAAAAUGAACUGAUAUCAUCAACAACCGCGCGGUCGAAAGCUGGAUGACAGUUUUGUUUACAGUUGGUUACCUGAAUAAACGGGUCUUCAUAAAGGGAAAAAUCCCUUCUAUUGUUAACAGCUGGGAGAAUAAAUUAUCAAAUGUUUACGUGGGAUCACAUUUGCAAAUCGUAACAAUAAUCUUGAUAAGAAUAUUUAAGAACAUCGCAUUGAGGUUUUAGAUAUGAAAAAGAUGCUUCGCAUGCAGUAGGAUAGAAAUAUUUAUGACUGACAGAAGACGGAUCCGGUCAGCAUUUCAAAGUUCAUUAAGGAUUGUUUGGGCUAACACCCGAGGAAGGGAAAAACCCCUUUUCAACGGGACUUUCCCUAAAGAUUGGAAUGGGCAUAUAACAUUUAAGGGCCACAACACGUCGGUAGAGUGUAAAUCUGACCGCGAAACGACUGACAAAAGUCCCUCUGCGCUGCGACUUAAAAGCGAAACCGAAUUUCAAAUCUGCCGAAAUUUUCAGUUUUUAAACUUGUCGUUAGCAAGUGCUAGAAGAUAUAAAUAUUGCUAUUAAUUGUAAUCGGGAGACAAGAAAAAAAUUCGUCUUCGAGUUUUAUGUCGUUUCCUCUAAAGCGAAGGAGGGAAAAUUAUGCACGACUACAGUAAAUUGUCGGGAACGAGAAAAAUGCGUUUCCGAGAAUGGGUGAUCUGUAAACUCGACAGUGGAGAAAUCGCUGGUGUGCAAUGGCUUGACAGGCAAGGAGGGAUCUUCAAAAUUCCUUGGAAACACGGUUCUGGUCGAGAUUGGCGUUUCACAGAUGCUGGUAUAUUCGAGGAAUGGGCAAAACAUUCUGGGAAGUAUGUGGAGGGCAGAGAUAAGCCAGAUCCUUGUAAAUGGAAGACAAACUUUAGGUGUACUUUGAAUGCUCUGCCAGAUUUCAAAGAGGUUCGAACUAAAAGUUGUCCGCGUGGCCCUGAUGCGUUUAAGAUUUACAAGUUGAAAGAUCCCGCGGGUAAACUAAACAAGAAACAGAGAGAUCCUGUGAAGAAGGACGAAAAAAAUACUGAGUCACUUGGGUCAUUCGACAGACAAAUAGUGCAGAUGGUGGAUGAAAUGUUCAACUCCUGCUGCGAUGCCAAAUCUGAGGAGAAACCUACAGUGGCUCCUCGUGCGAACUCAAACUACCCAGCCUUCGAGAGUCUUGUUGUGAGUAAGAUUAAUCAAGGAGUGACUCAACAUCCCUAUGCAUUUUAUUUGGCGGCUUGGAAUGCCAUGGCUGUCGAUAUGCACAAAGAAGGACAAAAAGCAUCUUCUGAAGAGGAAUUUGUUGACGUUGAAAAUGUGUCUGAAGAAAAUGGAGAUAUCAGCAACUAAGGAGUACAUCUUCUCUUCUGGAAGGAUAAGGAUGUCUGAUGCCCCCCGUCCCCCUCCCCCCUCCUGUAAUCAGUGAAAGCAAGUCAGUAACACUUUGGAGGAUUUGGCAAUGUAUAUAGAGCUAUGUCAAGAAUCUUGAGUGUAAAUGAUGUUUUGGGUUGCGUGUUCUUGUGAAAUGUUGGUAGGUUAAGGUGGUAGGCGAAAGGUUCGAAGUAGCGCUACUAAAAGUACAGUCCAUAUAAUGACACAUUGCCCUUUGGACCCGGAGGGGGCCAAAGUUUGCAACUAAUCUUCUAAGAUGACACCACAAGAAGGGAACUCCCAAACCGCAACUGUGACAGGAUUCUACAUCCAUGAUAUAGCAUCCCAAAUGUAAAGUACCUUCUGAGUCGAAAGGGAACUAUGAAAGGUAAAUAUUUUAUAAAGGCUCUCAGUGUAAAAAGUAGUUAACAGGAACCAAUAAUUUACGAAAAGAAGCCGUCGUUCACGGUGCACUCAUUCAUGUAAUUUCUAGGGUGUUUAUCAUAAAAUAAUAAUAAAGAUAAUAAUAAAGUUGACAAAAACUUUUAAGUGUAUAUAGUGUCGUAAGCGAAUAAACACUUGAUUCGAACCAAA